UGUUCUUAAAUGAGGAGUCUUUGCCAAACUGAAUGGAUGAUAUCCUUGGUUUCUAUAAGUGUUUUAUAAUUUAAUUUAUAUUCGUAUUUGUGAUCUGUGUAGUUUUAUUUAGGUCUUAAAAUAUAAUAAUUUUUAAUGCUAUUAUUUUAGUAUAGACAAACACAUUAAAAAAUAAAUAAAAAUGAGACAAUGUAAUUCUUAAUGUUGUAAUUUAAAUGUAGGCAAACAUUUCCAAAAAAAACUAAAGUGAGACCAGGUUAACCGGUUGAUGACUUGGUCAAUUGGUUUUAAAAUUUGGAUAUUUUGUCUUAUUAGAAUGUAGAUAUGUAUUUCAAAAUAGAAUUAUUUCAAAAAACUAAAGGCAGAAAAAAAUGAAGUUAUGCCGAAAACAAGAUUAUGUUGAAAUCAGGAUUCGAACCCUGGUGGAUAGCUUAUGCAAAGGCUACUCUACCGGUAGGCCAAAGAGAGACAUUGCGAAUACGUGCCAAACACACUUAUCUAUCUACUAUAAUUGUUUUUUAUAAGCAAAAAAUGGAGAUUUUGCUGAAAAUAAUAACAUGUUGAAAUCGGGAUUCGAACCCUGGUCAAGCGCUUAUUCAAAGGAUACUCUACCGAUAGACUAAAGUGAAAUAUUGAUAAUACAUGACAAACAUAUGUAUAUAUUUUUGAUUCGUUUGAGAUUUGGGGAAUAAUGCUUUUAGUUAAGUUUAAGCUUUGAGAUUAAGAUUUGAAAUUAGAUUUAUAAACCUGUAACAUUUUAUAAAGAGUAAACUUUAGUUUUUAGUUAUAUUAUAGUACUUAGAUAUUAUCAUUUGCAGGGCACAUCACGACACAUCCAUUUUGCGCAAUGUGGGUUUAAUGGAUCUACUAGCAUUGAAUAUUAGACUAUUGCUAGCAUUGAGUUCUAGACUUCAAAUUAAAGAGACAACUCGAAGGAGAACAACACUCUAUUCUUCCUCUAUUGUUUUUUUUUAUGUAUUUCUUUUUUUUUUUUGUAAUCAAACUUCCAUGAACUCAGGAACAUGAAAGAUGUUUGGGACUCGGUAUAAAGUUUGAUGUCAAGGUGUUCCAAAGACGAGCCUGACUACGGAUGGUACACAACAAAGUAAGCGUACAAGUGGAUUUCUUUUUAUGAUCAGAAUUUUAAAAAGAAAACAUCAAAAAGAAACAUAAGAAUUUUAUCUGAUUAAUUUUCUAUAUUAUAGGUUCAAGAUAAAUAACAGUGACCUUAAGAAUUAAGAAGACAAGCCUACUGUUAGAGUUGCUAGCCUUGGCCACGCGUUCCAUGUCUGGCUCAAUGGAGAAUACCUUGGUAAGAUUGAGAAGCUACAACAUUUAGAUGUUAUGUUUAGAGAACUGCAAUAAUCAAUGAAUUUGUUCAGGAAACAGACAUGGUAGCCAUGAUAAGAAGAGCCGAUGGUCAUUGUCAUGAGCCUGCUUCUGUUGUUUUCUCUGUGCUAAGCCUAGCGAUGCAUUUCCAUGGGUGGCUCUCCAUCUUCACUAUACUAUAAGUUGCCUCCCAAAAACGAUAAGACAGCCAGACGGGUUACUAUCAAUACGUCGGUUUGUACGGUUUCCUGUGCAUGAACUCUUGGUUCUGGAGUGCAGUUUUCCACACUCGGGAUGUUGACAUCACAAAGACGUUGGACUACUCAUCUGCAAUAGCCAUUCUCGGAUUCUCACUCAUCGUAUCCAUCUUAAGAACCUUUGAUGUGCGGGUGGAGGCUGCAAGAGUCAUGGUAUCCCCUCCAGUACUAGCUUUUGUCACCUCACACAUAAUGUACAUUAACUUAUACAAACUUGACUAUGGUUGGAACAUGAUUGUGUGUGUGGCCAUGGGAGUCGCUCAGCUUUUCCUAUGGGCAAGAUGGGCCGCUGUUUCUAGACAUCCUUCUAAUUGGAAACUGUGGGUGGUUGUGGCUUAGCUAUGGUUUUAGAGAUAUAUGACUUCCCUCUCCGUAUGAAAGCUCACUCUAUUUGGCACCUCGCCACAAUACCUCUAACCGUUCUCUGGUGGAGUUUUAUUAGAAACAAUGCUGAGUUCAGAACUUCCAGUCUUCUCAAGAAAUCUAAGACUGAGGCGAAGAAAGUUUACUUACAGAUGCAGAGGUUUCUUGAGCUUUUUUCAAUGUUUUUUAUUAAGAGAUUUGUCUUGGCCUUGCUUUUGGUUAAUUGAGAUUUUGAUAUUAGUUUUUCAUUCAUACACAUUUUUUUACCAAUAUUUUUGGAGUCUUAAGACUUUUGUUAAUCUUGUGAUCCAUAUAUGAUUGUGUUAACAAAGUCUUAUUUUACUUAA